UAAAAGGAACUCACAGAGACACGCAGAAGCCCAACAGGAAAACACAGUUGCACGCUAACGCACUACUUCUGACGCCGCUGGAAAAUGUGUAAAGGAUUAGCUGCUUUGCCUCAAACCUGCCUUGAACGGGCUAAAGAGAUCAAGACAAAGUUGGGAGUUUUACUGCAGAAGCCGGACAAUGCCGUCGACCUCAUCAUCCCGUACCCGGAGAAGGUUGAGAAGAAGCCGGAGAAGCUGCAGAAGCCUUCUCCUGACGAGGCUGCUCAGUGGCGUGAGAGUCUGGACCGGGUCCUGAACAGCAGCUAUGGUCUGGCUGCUUUCCGCAGCUUCCUGCAGUCGGAGUUCAGUGAUGAGAACGUCGAGUUCUGGAUGGUCUGUGAGGAUUUUAAGAAAACCAAGAAUCCUGCGAAGAUGGCCGCCAAGGCCAAAAAGAUCUAUGAGGACUACAUCCAGUCAGAGGGGCCCAGAGAGGUCAACAUUGACCACGUCACCAAAGAUGUGACCCUGAGGAACCUGGUGGAUCUCUCCCCAUCGACCUUUGACCUGGCCCAGAAGCGGGUUUAUGCCUUGAUGGAGAAAGACUCCUUCGGACGUUUUCUCCGUUCUGAGCAGUACCAGGAGCUCCUGGUCAACUAAAC